CAAGGUAUGGCUUGUCAUCCAAUCCAGAUCUGGUUGCCUUUCGUCCUGGACAAGAAAAAUGAAAUGAAAUAAAACGACGACAUUAAUAAACACAGAACAAUUUCAGAAAUUAGGGAAUUGUAGGAAAAGCAAAGCAAAGAGAUUAUGGGGUCCAAUGAACAAUUAUUGAAAAAAGAAUUAGAAGAAUUGCAGAAACAGCUGGGCAAGAAACAGAAAUUCGAAGACGCACUCUCUUCUCUCAAAUCCCUCCUCCGUCUCCACUACCCCUCAGCUUCUCCUUCUCUCCGUAAAACAUUUUAUUCUGUUGUUUGUAGAGUUGCAACCGUGCUAAAGACUAGAUACAUAGCUCCUGGUUUCUGGCUUGCUGGGUUAGGAUUGUUUCAAGAAGCUCUACUCUUGACCUCUGAUUCCACCGAGAAGGAGCACUUGAAAAAUUGCAUUGCUCAAGCUAAAGAACACUUGGAUCAAAUCGAAAACCCCCCUGAUGUUUCCCAAAAUAGCGGGUAUCUGUUCGAGGGGCAUCUUACUGUGGAUCCUGAACCACCACGGCCCCAGUGGUUAGUGCAGUCGAACAUCUUGAAUUCUAUGGCCACACUUCAGGAAUUUGAAUCUUCUGGGCGUCCUGUGGAUAACAAUACUAUAGAGACUGCUUCCAAUCUACUUGGAGAGUUAAUGAGCAAUUUUGAUGAUAUGAUACCAGAGAUUAUGGAAAUGGGUUCCACAGCCCCGAGAGUGCCUCCUGCCAGUAAAGAGGUUGUUGCAAAGCUUCCAGUAAUUACUAUCACAGAGGAGAUCUUGGCUGAGCUAGGGAAGGAUGCAGAAUGUGCAAUUUGCAAAGAGAAUUUGGUUGUCAAUGACAAAAUGCAAGAGUUGCCAUGCAAGCACAGAUUCCACCCUCCUUGUCUUAAGCCAUGGCUGGAUGAACACAAUUCUUGUCCAAUUUGCCGACAUGAGCUGCAAACUGAUGAUCAUGCUUAUGAGAGCUGGAAAGAGCGGGAGAAGGAGGCUGCAGAAGAGAGGAAAGGUGCUGAAAAUGCUGUGCGUGGUGGUGAAUUCAUGUACAUUUAGAUUGGAGUCGUAUGCCAUCACUGUAUUUUUGGAAGCGACUUUGUUGGGUGUUCAAAAUUAAGUGUCUUUUACCUUGAUUUGGUGCUUAACACCAUUUCGAGCUGGUUGUAUGAUUCUCACACAUCUUUGGCACUAAAGAAUUAUAGUUGAUAAUGAAGCCUCUGUUUGUUUAAUUCA